GUAUGAAGCAAAGCGGAAAUACACAGAAAAAUUCCAUCCCUACCUGUGUCGCCAGAACGUGUCAGAAAUAGCUUGAGUUGCAUAGCUGAUACUGAGCUCAAUCCUCCAAUUAAUUUGUUGGAUAAUUUACUCGGAUUAUUACUUGGAAAGGAGGCGUGCUCAAAUAUACCUUGGGACCUCAAAUUUCACAUUUGACCUGCCUGCCUUCUUUUGAGAGGGCACAGUCCCAUGCCUCUUCUCAAAGGAAAGAACACAGGGUGCUGACUAGGAAAGUGAACUCACUUUUGACAAUCAUGAAUACUCUUUUGACUAUUACUUUUUCCAUUUUGGUUGCUGUGGAGCCUGUGAACUGCCAGACAGAAAUCAAGAAACAUAGAAUUGGGAGGCACCUCCAAGGUUCAACCUUUUACACAGUGCAGGAAAUUCACAACUAUCUUCUCCCCCACACCAGUGAUUCAGGCUCCAUGUCCAGAAGUGCUCGCUGCAGUUUUUCUGAAACUACAGAGCAAAGCCGGCUGGGAAAGAUCAAAGAAAUUCGGGGGAAUCUUCAGCCAUGGUUGCAGGGUCUCAUUGCAGUGAUUGUGUUCUUGGCAUUGACAGGGAUUGCCUUCGUUGUCCAUAAAUACUGGUGCCAGGAUAAAGAAAAAGAUCCAGAGGUCUUUAAAAACGGCAACAGGGAAGACUUGGCCAUUCCCAAAGGCACAGAAGGAAAUUAUUCUAUAACUGCUGCAAAUUUCAGAUGUGAAGAAGGGCACCAUGUCUAUGAAAACACCAUUGAAAAAGAUUGUGGGAACACAAUUGAAAUUCUUUCUACUGAAAUGUAGCAUCACCCUUGGCCAUCACUCCUUCAUGUUUGAAAAAAUAUCCUAUAUACAGCAGAACUGCAAAUAUGGUGACACCAACACUUAUCAUGAAUUAUUGUUCAUGGAUUUAGUCACUGUACUAGGACUGAUAACUCUGUGAAGCUCGAAGAUCUGUCUUCCUGUUUACACUUAUGUAUGGUGGAUCCUCUUUUUGUUGUUAUGGGCUGAGUUCUUGGGAAUAUACUGUCACAACGUGGGUCCUAGAUUUUUCGCAUAAUAGGCCCACUACUGGAAUCUUGCAUAUUGAAGAAGCCAUCACAUGUGGCCUUUAUUCCAUAGCUACCUAUUAUUCCUACUUAGUACCUUGGCAUAUUUUGCUGACUGCAACAGACAAUUUAUAAAUCUAUUGUUAGUCUUCCAUAAAGUACUGGGCUAAGUCAUCAUAUAGGAAUUUCAUCCCUACAAAUGGCUGUUCCUCCCUGGCCUUUGUAUUAUGACCAGACAACUUACAAAGAAGGUAGUGGUUACACAAGGAUUGUAAGUAGAUGGUAUUCAUGGUGGGGAGUGUAUGGCAAUCCUCCAUGAAGCUUCUGCCAUUUUAUUUUUGCUUUGCUAUGGAAUUGGUCCAGAGACAACUGCUACUCGAGUUUGGAGAAGGAGGUUGUAUGGCUUCUCUGCUUUCUUCCCAUACCUACAUCAAAGGAGCUGAAGGACUUGUUAUGUUCUACUGCAUCUUGUCUGCUAUUUGAUGGAUAAAGAUUUUGAAAUAUCACAAUUUUUUCAUCACAGGAAUAAAAUCCAGGUUGUAAUUUGCCAAUAUUAACCCACAUUAUUGUGCAGUUUGUAAUCAAUAAAGAAAUAUAUUUGUAAACAG